AAAGGCAUUGCCGUGGCGUGUGUGGGUGGUAGUUUGUGCGGCGAAGGGGCUAGGAGGCGCUGGGCGAAUGGCGGUGGGCAAAUCCGAUGGCAAGUCCCAUAUAGUACAAACAUAGUAAGUUACAUAUGGAUAAUACGUAUGCACAAGACACUUCUGGAAUGCUUGUCGUGGGUGGUGAGGCGGCGAGGGCCGAAAACUAUCGGACAAGCAGAUGCUUACUGCGUCCUACUACGUAUUUAG